ACUUUGCUUUUCGUGUUUCUAGUGUCAGAAAAAAUUCUCCGAAAAUGAUCAUCGCAUCAUUUUGCCAAUAGGCAAUGCCAGUGCGCUCACAAUGCGCACAAAGAUUGUAUUUAAAGUGGAUAGAUUGCUCGAGGUUGCACCUUCUGCUGGUGCUGCUGCUGGUGCUGCUUGUCGGCAGGCCGAUAAUACCACCCGUCCGAGCCGCCAACGAGAACUGCACCUUCAUCGACGGCUACAUACUGCAAUAUCUGUGCCAGGGCACAUACAAUCGAGACAUGCGUCUGAUGUACAAGGACCGCAUCCCCGCCAUGGACACGCUCUACACCAUCUGGCAGCGUUCCGACACCAUUGAUCCCGUCUAUUUGCUGAUCGCCUUCUACGACUCGCCCAUCUCCAGCUGCUUCACCCUCGUCAUGGAGAAGGGCAAGUUCUACUGCGAUGGACAGAAUUACGUUUUGAACCUAAUGGGCUCAGCGGAGGUGCACUGCCUCGACUUUCCCUUCGAUUACGCCGAGAUGCUCUACGAGAGUUGCAUGAAGGCGGAGUAUCCGCCAAAUACGAACUCCAUUUCCGUGGCCAUAAUCUAUAUGAAGAACAACAUUGUCAAGACCAUCGAUUCGGUGCCAGAUCUGCGGGCCUCUGCAUUCCUUGUGCUUUUUUCGGUGUUGUAUUGUUGCUGGACCACUACAUUUUGGUACUUUUAGAUGAAUUAAAUGGAAUAGACACG